GCAUGCCUCCUCAACAACUUGAAGACCCAGUCGCUCACAAGCCUGCGAAUCGUCACGUCUACGCACAAUUGGCCGAGGACCUUGCACGCGGAAUUUCUUGCGGCCCUAGCUUCGAAGAUGCGUUGCUUAGGAAAGCUUCGCGCGCUGGCCAUGCAGUUGUCAGUGCCUAACAGGACGACAUACACUGCCCGUGUGCGAGGAUACAACGAGAGGAUUCACGGCACUAGUGGCAUGACGGUCCUACCCGACUCGUAUAUGACAAGGAACUGCACAUCUAAUGGUAGCCUCGAUAUCGAGCUUGGCUGGGGCGACGCAGACGCCGACGUGUUCACGACUUUAUGUCGACUAUCCCGGUCCAUGACGUCCACCGCCUUUUUCUCGGCGAUGUCCCCCGGAUGCACGAGCGCCGGAUUUUGUUUGCGAUCAGCCAGUACUUGACGAAGGUUACAGAGCUCUACUUUCGCCCCACUGGCACUGAAGCCUGGGGCUUAGGUUAUUACCACCAGGCCAUCGAUGUCCUUCCAUGGAUGUUUCUUCAGGACGACGGAGGUAGCCUGGUAGCAAGAGGCGAUGAUGAGGCUUCCACACUGGAAUACGCAUUCCCUCGACUUCGUCUUCUUACACUAGACAAGAUUCGUUUCAGGAAUCGUGGAAGCUUCCCGGAUUGGAAGCUCAGAUACGUUGAUUCUCUACUUCAGAGUUUCAUUGAACGUUACGAAGCCGGUGCGGAGAUCCAGAAGCUCCGCAUCCUGCGCCCUGUCGACAUGAAGGUCGAGGACUUCGAUCGGCUACAGGAGGUUGUGCGCUCGGUGGAAUGUGAUGGGCCAUAUUUGGAAUCUCCCGACAAUGCAAACGACCAAGGUGGACGAGGACGCGGUCGAGGUCGAGGUCGAGGGCGUGGACGUUAGUACUUUGCAUAUGCGCGACAUGUCCUUGGUCUCCCUGAAUGAAGUCAUCCCGGUGUAGGCCCUCGGACGCACUUGAACUUGCUUCAGGUCGCUAUGUGAUCGGUUCCUCCCUCGAGCUCUGGAUGAUCGGAACGCAUGAUGCUUGCGUUGUCCGAUCUAGCGAAUCGUUGUUAGUAUCCCAGUACGUUCCUUCGAAUUCCAUUCUUCUUCAC